CCAUAUAAAACGACUACCUUUUUCAGUCUCUCUGUUUUGUCUCUUCCCCAGAAUCCCCCUUAAAAAAAGACUGGACAGCUGCUGACGGCCUUCGCUGGUGUCGCCAAAAUUGUCCACUGAGGCACUGAGAUCACUCAUCGAACCUCAGCCCCAUAAUUCCUUCUUCCUUCCUACACUUUAAUACCAUCAGCACAGCUCCAAAAACCAAACGCCCAAUCGCCAUCGCCAGUUUCUCUUCCAAAAUCGUGGGUUGCUGUGGCCGGGCGUUUCUUGUCUUCAUCCACCCUCAAUCCUCUACCCUUUUUUGUGGCUCUCUCCAGCUCUCUUCACAACCCCGAUUUAUAAAACCCUGCCCCCCGCCAUUUCUCCCCUUUCUAUUCUCUUCAUCUACAAGUUUACGCCAGCAGAGUUUCUGAUUGGAACAUCUGGGCGAGGCUCGAAAUCCUCGGUUUCGAUUCGGCUCUUGGUUCUUUUUGGUGGGUUCAUCGAUUUAAAAGAUUGAGUCACAGUUGGUGAAUUCAGUAGUCUUUUGCUGAUCCACGUGAAUCAGAUGGGAGACGUCGCCAAGGAUUUGGCUGCCGGGACAGUAGGAGGGGCAGCACAAUUGGUAGUUGGACACCCUUUUGACACCAUAAAAGUCAAGCUCCAAAGCCAGCCUGUUCCACUUCCUGGCCAGCCUCCAAAGUAUGCCGGCGCUUUUGAUGCAGUCAAGCAGACUAUAGCAGCUGAAGGCGCUGGUGGACUGUACAAGGGCAUGGGAGCUCCUCUGGCAACAGUUGCUGCUUUCAAUGCUGUGCUUUUCACUGUGAGGGGACAAAUGGAGGCUCUGCUGAGGUCUGAACCUGGCGCUACGCUCACCAUUGGUCAGCAGGUUAUUUGUGGUGCUGGUGCUGGAUUGGCAGUCUCUAUUCUUGCUUGUCCUACUGAGUUGGUCAAGUGCAGGUUGCAAGCGCAAAGUGCACUGGCAGUGGCUGACUCAUCUGCAGCCACCGUGGCAUUGAAGUACGGCGGGCCAAUGGACGUGGCCAAACAAGUACUGAGAUCAGAAGGCGGCACUAGGGGGCUAUUCAAAGGAUUGGUGCCCACCAUGGCCCGCGAGAUUCCUGGCAAUGCUGCCAUGUUUGGAGUCUACGAGCUGCUGAAGCAGAAGAUGGCAGGUGGGGAGGACACGUCCAAGCUAGGCAGAGGUUCCCUCAUGCUGGCUGGAGGCCUCGCUGGGGCAUCCUUCUGGGGAUCGGUCUACCCUACAGACGUUGUGAAGAGCGCCCUCCAGGUCGAUGAUUACAGUAAACCCAAGUACUCCGGAUCCAUGGAUGCGUUUAGGAAGAUUCUGGCUGCAGAAGGUGUCAAGGGGCUGUACAAAGGCUUCGGCCCUGCCAUGGGGCGUAGCAUCCCUGCAAAUGCAGCAUGUUUCUUGGCGUACGAGGUCACAAAGUCGAGCCUGGGAUGAAUCGAAUUGAUUGAUUGAUUGAGGAGUUAAUGUGAACUAACUGGGGAUUGCUUCUUGUUGAAUCACAUUGCUUGUUGCUGAAUGUGAAACUCUACUCUAGCAUAUGGUUCCAUUGAGUGAAAAGGCUCUCUCAUCAAAUGUGAAAUCUUUUUCACUCUUUUUACUCCCUUUGCUAAUGUGUUAUCUAGUAAUAAAAAUUAAAAUUGAGUUGCAGGUAUUUGUUCUGUCUGAUUAUAUAGCCUAGAAUUACAAUUCCAUAUUCUUUUCCUUCCUUUCCACUAUUAAUAAGUUAGUGCUGUCCGAGUGAUA